AUGAAACUAAUUCAGGAUCAUUUGUUAGCUUCUGAUUUAUUGAUAGCUGUUUUACCGUCAAAGGAUUUUAGGCAACAUCUGGAGGGUAAAAUUAGCCCGGAAGUUGUUCAAAGAUAUUUUAAGAGAAUAAAUUUAAUUUUAUUGGAAAAGUCGCUGACUUUGACAUCUGAAUUUUGUGAGUUAUUGAAGAAUUUAGUUGAGUCUUAA